AUGGAGGAUAAAACUGACUCUAUUGUUAAGAGGGCUCAUAUAGCAAAAGGAGACACUCCAGGGAAAUCAAACCAUAAAUACAGUCGAGUUACUGAAGAAGAAUCUGGGAAUAAACCUCUGCCUCGGAGAAGUUCUUUAUUCAAGAAUGAAGAUGUAUUGCCAACAGAGACACUGGUAGCUCAUUCUGUCAAAGCAGCAAAUUGGAAAAAUGAAGAAUUGGAAGCAAUUGUACAAUAUAUUGCUUUAUACAAACCAAGUUUUGAAGAUGACCAUUGGCCAGCAAUAAGAGAUGGUGCAUUCUGGAAACAAUGUGCAAAAGCUGUACAUCAGUACUCUGGGCAACCAUUGCGGACAGGUACCUUGUAUAUUGUUUAUAGAGUACAUUGUAACCUUGUUAAUAUGGUCACCAACAGCCUAAAAAAAAUUUGGCUGCAUUAACAUGGUGACCAUAUUAACAAUGUAAAUUUAAUGGGAGAAGUAUAUGCUAAAGUUGCAAAUUGUGUAAGAAAACUCAAACUAAAUACUGCAAAUAAUUAGAUUUUAAUCUUGUGCAUUUGCGAGUAAUUAAUUGAACGAAUACACUGAUAUUCUUUUUGUAAAAUCUUUAAGAUGUCACCAUAACAAAAUCCAUCAUAUAUCAAUUAAACUAGAUACACAACUGAGAGAUAUAUUCAAUAAACUAAUAUCCUGCUUACAAACAAAUCGAUGAACAAAAAAUCUACAAACACAAUCUCCAGUAUUAAAUCUCAUUGUGAAGGUGGACAUGUAUACUACGUCAAGAGAUAUUUUUGGCCAUAAUUUUCUAAAUAUUAAUUUAUUAAUAUCUUUUAAGGGGCAGCUAUCCGAACAAAAACACUAAAGUACUUGGCAAAAGAAUUUUCAACUGUAACUGAUGCAGAGAACUUUUAUGACAUUGAUUAUUUUCAUUGCAAUUCACUUUUAACAGAAUGUUCAACCCAAAAUGAUGGUUGGGAAAAUGUAAAUAAGUCACAAGGAGAUAUCAUGCAAGAACUUAUCUCAGCCUUCAAAUGCAAACUCACAAAGAUAAUGCAAGAGCAGAUGAGAAAUCAGCUUGUACAGAUAUGGAUUACUCAGCACUAUGGAACUGAAUUUUACUAUUACAUGAGCAAAGAAUUCUUACCUUUGGCUGUUAAAGGGAUGAAUUUGUUGAAAGAAAAUAAUAAGAAAAACUUGUUUCUUGCUAUGAGUAAAUGCUUUGGUGAGGAAAUUAAUGGCAAAUCCAGGAUGAGUGUUAAGCAAAUGCCAUUUGGGCUUAUAUCAUAUAAUCUACAGUUUUUCGCUUCUGAUCAUACAGCAAAUAUUAAGAUGGAGAAUGAUUACUUGGAGUGGCAAACCACCAUGUAUGCUCAGUUUGGCCACAAGUGGGCUUGCCUGCACCGAGGUCCAGCAUGGCAGUAUGAUCAAGAUGAUAGUGGCAGUGACUGUGAGCCAGCAACCGAUGGUAAUGAUAAUGUACCUGUUGACAAUUUGAAUACAUCAUACGAGACAGGUUUUAUAUCAGAAUAUCAAAGUUCUGGGAAUGUCGACUUGAUUCAACUAGCUCUGGAAGAUUGCGAAAUAGACCUUCAAGCGGAAGAAAGCGAAGCUGAUACGGUUUGUGAUCCUGACAUUUGUGCACUAACAGAGAGGCUUAGUAACGUAGCACUAACAACAGAUGUUACCCAAACUGAUAUGUCAUUGUUGUGGAGUAGCAAUGUUGCUGAACGAAAUGAGGAGCUGGCAUAUGCAGUAGACAAGCCUGAAGAAGUGGAGAAGUAUUUUAAAGUUCGACCAACAGGACAUAGAAGAAAAUUAAACAAGCACAUUUAUUGCCCCUACAAGGUAAUAAUGAUAGCUUUCCAAUUAUGUAUAAGCACAUAACUUGUACCCAGUUUCAACACGAAAAAGGUGGAAAUUGGGAAAACGAGAAAUUGUGAGAAAACACUACGCCUGAAGGGCUGGGUGUUUUCACAGAAUUUUGAGUUUUCCCUUAAUCCAUGAGUGUUGAUAUAACUAUAUAAAGAAAUUUUCCAAAGUUUCCGUGUUGACAUUGAGUUAUAUCAACAUGGCUCUUGGCCAAUCAGCGUUCAGAAUUUACAAAUGCUAUAUUAUAAUUUGUUGCAAAGAUAGUUGUGAGUUAGGUUUAGUGGAUCAAGGGCUGGUUGUUCAGAAGGUGAAUAACGCCAUCCACUGAAUAGUGAUUUUUUGAAACCUUCAUAAAACUUCCCACUGAUCAUUAUAACAGACAAGUAGGUUUGAUAUUACUGUCAACUUUGUUUUGGUGGGAAAACAAAAUAUCUCUGUUUGUUGCCUAGUUUUAUAAAGGUUUCAAAAAAACACUAUCCAGUGGAUUGCACUAUCCAACAUUUGAACAACUGACCCUAUAUGAAAAUAUAAUCUGGCUGUUAAAGAGAUUGUGACCACAUCUUUAUGACAGUGACAACCAUAAUGGAAAUGUGAGUAAAAUGAUUAUGAUUAAUUUAUUAAUAGGCUUAGAUCAACAUUGCUGGAGCUGGUGUCAGACAUCUGAAGAGAAUGAUUCAGAAUAAAGGAUUCUCAAGAAGCACUAUCAUUCAAAAAAAGCUUUUGAAAGACGCCCAUGAGAGGAGUCCCAAAGGCCGUUGGUGGAUCAAGGCUGAUGCAUGUGAUUUGAGGAAAGGAUUAUGCGAGUCGUUGCGUGGUGAAUGGUCUGGAGAUAAAGAUACAGGAGACGGUGAAGUAAAAAAGAUACAUGAUGAAUAUAGGACCAAGGAAAAGAGGGUCAAGAAUUUGCAAGUUGGAAGUGACAACUUCCUCAAAACUCUGCUUGAUGUCAAGAAGGACCUUGAAUGCGAUGUUUUAUUCCUACAAAAGGGCUUAAAGAAUGCAACUGAGAUAUACAACAAGAAGUUUGAUAGGGGAAACGUUUCUCAGGACAAUCUUGUGGCCCUUGCUUGGGAUGUCACUGGUUACACAGAGCUGGUAAAGAUGAAUGGCGAGUUGAUUUCAAAGAUCUGCUUGGUGCAAGAAGACCAAAACCUUACAACUGUCGGCAGUUGGAAUAAUUUGCAUGACAAGCUAUGCAACUACCUGAAGCAGCUGUACUUCCGAAAGCGUGAACCUACUAGUCACUUAAUGGUGUUUAUGAUAGCCGAUGAACACAGGGAAUUUAAACCAUAUGCCAUUCCAGUUCGGGUCUUACCAGUUACCACGGUUACGGAUAACGAUAUGCGACAUUUGAGAGAUCAAUUGGUCGAUGCAAUGGAAGAAUUGGGGAUGAUAGUUGUUGGUAAGUUUAUAUAUAUAUAUAUCGGUAUACGUGAAACUUAAGUAGCAGCGGUAUACAUCGGUAUACGUGAAACUUAAGUAGCAGCACAUUAAAUUUUUUUAAAUUUUUUAUUUUUAAUUUUUUUCAUUUUGAACACCAUAUAUAUAUAUAUAUAUGAGUAGCAACAUAUACCAUUUUUAAGAUUAAAUAUAUAUAUAUAUAUAUAUAUAUAUAUAUAUAUAUAUAUAUAUAUAUAUAUAUAUAUAUAUAUAUAUAUAUAUAUAUGUAUAUGUAUAUGUGUAUAUGUAUAUGUAUAUAUGUAUAUGUAUAUGUGUAUAUGUAUAUGUAUAUAUAUAUGUAUAUGUACAUAUGUACAUAUGUAUAUAUGUAUAUGUAUAUGUAUAUGUAUAUAAUACAUACAUAUAUAAUCUGCAUCUGCGAUCAUAGGUUGCAUGCUGGCUCGUUCCGCAUUUAUUGUUGUUCAUUUUGAUCAUAGGGUUUGUUACUGAUGGGGAAUGGAACUCGUUAAGAACUCGUGGGGGACACAGGGCUGUGUCCAUUAUCCAGAUAGCCAUGGAUGCAAGGAAACUUGCACAUUCAACCAAAGUUGUUGAUCUUGACAAGUUUUUCAAACCAACAGAGUCAAACGGUGUGUUCUUUUUUUAUUUCAUUAAUCCAUGUGUAAUAGCAGACUUUGGUUAUUACUGUACACAGUAUCACAUAAUCAAUGAGGUUAAGCUUGAAAGAACUAUCAUGGUAGAUAUUAAAUAAUUAACCCAUUGAGUUGCAUUGCGCCCUACUUUAUUAUUUCAUUCUGUCUAACGCCAGACGAUUUUACUCGUCAAGAGGAGAGCGCUGACACUUAAUGGGUUAACUGGCCUAUCUGCCCAUGUGUCUAUUUGACCCAUUGAGUUGCAUUGCGCCACAAUGCGCCCUACUUUAUUAUUUCACUCUGUCUAACGCCAGACAACUUUACUUGUCAAGAGGAGAGUGCUGGUGCUUAAUGGGUGAUAUUAAUUAAAAUAAUGAAAUUUAAUAAAUUUGCCAAGUUUGGUUGCAAAAUGUUGUAAAAUGAGUAGAUUAAAACCAUAUGUUAUUCGCAAGCUUUGAUUAAAUUUGUAUUACACGAGGGGAAUUAAUACUGUAACCAUAUUUGAGCCGAAAAUGGUUAUACAUUAUUUCCUGCGCGUAAUAAUAAUUUUAAGAUGCUCUUUCCAUUUUAUUGAAAAGAUGUUUUGUUCUUCGAUUCUUACCUGUAUUUUAGUUUAGUCGAUCUAGAGCUGGAAUGAUCUAUUUACUUGCAAAAUUGUGAUUUGUGAAGUGAUCAUCAGUAUGAUACAGUUUUAUGAAAACUCAUUAUGAUUUUAUCAAACUAAAACUCAUUGUGUUUGUUGUAUUUUGUAGGAAAACCAGAAAUAACACAUGAUGCCAUACCCCAAUCAGAUAUUGCAUGGCUUUAUGAUUUCAUGGAAAAUGGAGACCCCAAUCGGAAAAUUCCAUUUAAUGAAGCGAUUCAUGUUAUGAGAAGACGAAUGUAUCCCAAGAAUUAUGACCCGUGUCCAUGGACACCAGGCAAGAACAUGAUUGUAUUUAUACAGUAUAUAUGCAUUAUGUGUGUGUUAAAUUUAAUUCUAAAACGGAUAAUGUAUACAUUUGUUUAGGGAAAAGUGAAACAUAUGCUGAUUGUCUGAGAUCGUUGUUUGCCAGUUAUGUUUUCAAACAAUCUGUGCAGUCAUUGAAAGCAGAAGGAGUUGACUUUGAAAGUCACCUUUAUCAACCCGAGAUCAGCAGCGUCACGGGCGAGGCAAUGCUUAAUAGAGAGGAUCAUGGUCAUGUUUUUAAAAGAUUCACACAAUGUCUUAGAAGUGGUUCGAUUCCAGGCAUAAACAUGAAAGCUUUUGCUGAUGCUUUAAAUGACCCAAAAUCAGGUCUGACGUACGAAGCACUAACCGGAAAAAACAAACAGAGCAUUCCUGACUGCGAACGUAUGUUUUCUAUAGGCGUCUUGAAAUACAUGGAAAGGCAUGGCCACGUUGCAGAAGCGCAGUUGGUGCAAAUGGUACUUGACUGGCACAAAGCAUUUGAUGGACGUGGAAUUACAAUGCAGCAGAGAGUUUUGAACUGCAAAAGAGUUCUAUCAUGGCUAUUAGAAGAUUGGAUGCCUUGGCAUUCCAACAAUCCUGACUUCUCCACACUCGAUAUUAACAGGUAAAUACAGAAUGAUGAUCGAAACAUGAAUUAAUGACUGAAUUUACUUUAGGGGCGGGCCAUUAGGGGAAUUUUUGGGAAUUUUAACCCCCCCCCCCCUCCUCCCCGGGAUUUCUAAUGUGAUAUCUACAGUUCUUUUAACUCUGAUUGCCGCCAGGAGGUGAGGUGUCUAGGAGUCCCCUUUACAAGUAAAAUCGUCUGACCGACUAUGGCGUUUAUAGACAUGAUAAAAUCUGUUAUGUGGCCGGUUCAGCCACCAAUGGGUUAACAUAUGUCAAGCAGAUGCAACAAUAGAAAUUUCCCGAAUUUGCUGGCUGGCAAUGAAAACUUACUAUUUUACAAUUGAUAUCAUUGCCCACCUUGAUUUCAUAUUAUUGUCUCGUGUGCAUUCAAGCAAAUUCGGGAAGUCUUUAUUGUACAUGCAAAUUUUCGUUGAUUUUUUAUGCAAUAAUAUGAGGAUAUUUUGAUACAAAAUUUUUGUUUAUCCUUUUUAGACCCAUUAAAGGUAUCAGGGGUUAACAAGGGAGGUAGUUGUUGCAUUAGUUGCAAACCUUGAAGGCUUUAUUCUACGCGCAUUGGAUUACACAACGAGAGGGAUAAAGCACGGUAACCCAAGAAGUGGAACAUCAGAUGAUUUAGAGGGCCUGUUUUCAACUAUCCGAGAGAUGAUUGGACAGGAGUUUGUCAUGAAGCAAUUCUACGAAAGCUAUCCCAAAAUCUUAGCCGAGUUUGAAAAGAAAAUGAAUCCCGAGCUUCCAUUUUAUUACUGGACCGGUUGUCAUCUUCGUUAUAGGGACAUUCCAUUGCCAGAUUUUGAUCAACCAGGAUCCUGUGAUGUUGAACGUUUAGAUUAUGUUAGGAUAUCAAGAAGAGCUGAUCCAGGAGUAUUUGCUUCUAAUCGAGCAUCCAUGCCUCAACACAAGUCAUUAACAGUACGAGCAAAAUUCCACAAAGCUCCAGAAAUACUGCCUCCCACACAGUUUGAAUAA